AUGCAGGAAACUCAGGUGUCCAACCCGCAGAAUGGCCCGGGGGCAGCUACUGCCAGCAGAUUCCCGGGACACGCUUCGAAACCGUCGAACAGUGAUACGGGAUUCUCGCACGGAGCAUACAGCUCCAACCAAUUUUCAAUGGGUGGAUAUGGGGAUAGACAUCCGCGUAGAGCGAACAUUCCUUCCAUUAACACGCAAACAAUGAACCAGCAAGGUCAGAACGAAAUGCAAACACCUGGUACCGCGUUCGACAUGCAGUUCACGCCAUUGUUACCCUCGCAAUUGCUACUUGGUUCUCCCUUCCAGCCAGGCACACCCGCCGCGUUCGCCAGCCCUCAAUUCCAGAAUUACGCCACGUUCCAGCACCAGCAGAACAACCAACAGCAUCAACAACAACAGUCGCAGCAAAACAUGACCAGUCCUUUGUCUCCUCAGCUUUACCAGACCCUUGUCUCGCCUUCAACGUACGGAGCGCCUCAAUUCUACAAUCCGCAAUCUCCAACGGGUGGCUUUGCAACAAUGAACAACCAAAUGCAGCAAAUGUCGAUCCAGCCAUCGUCCCCUGUACAAAUGUCCCCUGGUCUUGUUUCGGGAACGAGCAGGACUGUUUACUUAGGAAACAUUCCUCCGGAAACAUCUGCAGAGGAGAUUCUUGGGCACGUGCGCAGUGGUCAAAUCGAGUCUGUGAGACUUCUACCAGACAAGAAUUGCGCCUUCAUCUCUUUCUUGGAUGGAAGUUCGGCCACUCACUUUCAUUCUGAUGCCAUCCUGAAGAAGCUUUCCAUCCGCGGACAAGAUAUCAAGGUUGGAUGGGGGAAGCCAUCACAGGUGCCAACUUCUGUUGCGCUCGCGGUUCAGCAGUCAGGUGCUUCGAGGAAUGUAUACUUGGGAAACUUGGAGGAGAAUGUGACCGAGGAUGAGUUGCGCGAGGACUUGAGCAAAUUCGGCCCAAUUGACACUGUCAAGAUUGUCCGUGAAAAGGCAAUUGGCUUCGUUCACUUCCUGUCGAUCGGCAACGCGAUCAAAGCUGUAUCCCAACUCCCACAAGAGCCUAAGUGGCAAUCGCCUCGACGUGUUUACUAUGGAAAGGAUAGAUGCGCAUACGUAUCGAAGACACAACAGCAAAAUGCUGCUCAAUACCUCGGUAUUGCCCCAGGUUAUGCUCAUGUGCUCAAUGGCGCUGAUCGGGAUCUCAUUUCGAAUGCUCUGGCUCAACAGUCUGUUGCUGCUGCUGCUGUCGCUACUACUGCUGGAGGAAUCAACAACUUGGGCAAUCGCACUGUUUACCUGGGAAACAUACAUCCCGAAACCACCAUUGAAGAGAUUUGUAAUGUUGUCAGAGGUGGACUUUUACACCACAUUCGAUAUAUACCCGACAAGCAUAUCUGCUUCGUCACCUUUAUUGACCCUACUUCAGCCGCUUCUUUCUAUGCUUUGAGCAACUUGCAGGGCCUAAUGAUUCACAAUAGGAGAUUGAAGAUUGGAUGGGGAAAGCAUUCUGGUGCACUUCCAGCUGCUAUUGCGCUUGCUGUUAGCGGAGGGGCUUCGAGAAAUGUCUACAUUGGAAAUUUGGACGAGUCAUGGACCGAGGAGAGGCUGAGACAGGAUUUCUCUGAGUAUGGUGAGAUCGAGCUUGUCAAUACUCUUCGAGAGAAGAGUUGCGCAUUCGUCAACUUCACCAACAUUGCGAACGCUAUCAAGGCAAUCGAGGCCGUGCGUGGCAAGGAGGAAUACCGUCGAUUCAAGGUCAACUUUGGCAAGGACAGAUGUGGUAACCCUCCUCGUCAAGUCCAACCAAGCCAACAGUCUCCUCGUAAUGAUGGUGUUAACUCGCCACCACCAAACAGCGGUGGUCUCCAGCCCAGCCAGAGUGGAAGCUCGCCCACUGGAUCUGCAGCACCUGGAUCAGCGAAUGGCUCAGGCCCAAGCUUCCCAACUGCUCCUACGCCGUCCACGAUCCUCAAUGCUGGUAGCAAUAACCCGCUGACGAUGUACUUGAACCAAGUCUCUCAACAAGCUCAAGCCCAGCAACAGCAGCAGCUCGACCCAUAUGCCGUUGCUCAGCUUCAACAGCAGCAGCAACAGGUGCUACACGCCCAGCAAGCCGCUCUCUACAACAACUCUCCCAACAUCGAUGCUCUUGACAUCCCACAAACUAACCAAGGAAUGGGUCACCAGCAAUCAGCUAGCAUCAGUGGCAUUAAUGGGUUCCAGAACUCAUCCAGUGGUGCUCCUACGAUUGGUGGAUUGUUGGCACCAAGCAAUGCACGUGGUCAACACAACCGCGCUGUUAGCUUGCCAGUAUUCGCGCAACAGAUCAACGGUCAAUUCCAGGAUCAGAAUGGAGUGAACAGCAAUGGCGAACAACAACGGAGAGGACACCAGUACCAGAGCUCUUUCUCGGGAGGUCUUGGCAAUGGGAACAGCAAUGGACCUUUCGGAAAUGCCUACGGACUCGCGAUCCAAGAGGGCAGCAUGAACAUGAAUGGACUGAACGGAUGGGCUGAGGAGGAAGUUGUUGGAAAUUAG